GCCAAAGCCGGUCUGACCAUUGCUCCCGGUUCAUUGGCAAAACCAGCUUCGGACGGAAUCUAAACUUCUAAACCCUAAACCCAGAUCCCUUCGUCGUCUUAUUCUCCUGUCUCACACAGAUACGCACUGAAGCACAGAGUCAUCCAUGGACGAGAUGCUCUCUUCAGUUAAAAAGGAAGUGCUCGUGGAGAUGGUAAAGUUGGCUCAAAAGCGAGGAAUGAAGGGUAGCAAAGGUGGGUGGAAGGAGUUUUUGAAUUUUUAUGACAAGAAAAUUGGAGCCAGCUUGAGCGACCCUUCUAGGAGGCCCCUUGAUACUUUGCUUGCCUUCUUAAAAACCUUUACCCAAGACGAUGAUUUGAAGUUCUUUGAGAAGCUGCUGGAGUGCCAUUCUAACCGGGACGCAGUUUACCAAUUCCAGAAAACUUCUCCUGAUGCUGAAUCCCCUGAACAGGUUUUACUGCAUGUCAUCUAUCACAAUCACUACUCCUCAUAG